GAGAGAGAGAGUAAGCCGUAUGGUUCGUUGCAUUUCUCUCUUAAAACUCUCCCUCUCUUCUUCUCCGACUCUUCAAUUUUCAUUUUUCACACACUGCCCUUCACUCUGCAUCGACGACGCAAGACAGCCUUUUUCUUUCAUUUUGAUUUGAAAAAACCUGAUUCUGAGUCUUCCCUUUUGCUUCCUUGAACUCUCUAACCUGCUUUGAAUGUCUGUUUCUACUUGGACUAUGGUUGUCGCUCUGUUCUCUUCACCCAACGCAGCCUCGUCCUCGCCUUUCGCCUGGUUGGUUUGAAUUGUUGUUCGGGUUUCUCUUCGGAUUGUUUGCUUUCUUUUUUCUUUCUUGUCUUGUCUUGUCUUGUUUUUUUUGAACCCAGAGUUAAAACUUGUAAGAUCUGAAACUGAAACUAGAGGCGUUGUGCAAUAUUUCACGAGGGUUUGUCAUUUGUUGAUACUGCUUUAUUGAAUUUAAGGGGCUGAUGAAAAUUUCUCUGAUGAGUUGAGAUUUGAAUAAGGGCUGAAAAGUUUGAGAAUUUUGUUUUCGUUGCUGGUUGAUUUUUCUUUGGAGAUUAGAUAUGAAGCUUGAGUUGGGUUUAGGAGGCGUGUUGUGGAAUGAUGAAGAAAAAGCCAUGGUUGCAUCGGUUCUGGGAAAUCGAGCUUUUGAAUACUUGAUUACGAACCCUGUUGCGAACGACAAUCUGUUAAUGACAGUCGGAAGCGACGAAAGUUUGCAGAACAAGCUUUCGGAUCUCGUGGACCGUCCAAACUUAUCGAAUUUCAGCUGGAACUACGUUAUUUUCUGGCAAGUAUCACAGUCGAAGAAAUCUGGGGAUUGGAUUUUGGGUUGGGGAGAUGGAUGUUGCAGAGAACCCAAGGGAGAAGAAGAAGAAGAAGUUGGAGUUAGAGGGCUUCUUACUCUUUGCCUGGAAAAGGAUGAGAUGCAGCAGAGGAUGAGGAAAGGGGUGCUUCAGAAGCUUCACAUGACAUUUGGGGGUUCAGAUGAAGACAAUUAUGCCUUUGGAUUAGACAGGGUUACUGAUACAGAAAUGUUCUUUCUAGCUUCCAUGUACUUCUCCUUCCCUCGUGGCCAUGGCGGGCCUGGUAAAUGCCUUGCUUCCGGGAAGCAUGUAUGGUGCUCUGAUGCCCUUACCUCUGAUUAUUGUGUGAGAUCUGUUUUGGCAAAAUCAGCUGGAAUUCAGACCAUAGUUUUAGUCCCUACUGACAUAGGAGUGGUGGAAUUGGGUUCUGUGAGGACGGUAGGAGAGAGCUUAGAAUUGUUGCAGGUGAUUAAAUCAGAGUUUUCUACACAAUUGUCAAUCCCUAGGGUUUCCCCGUUUUCACCAUUGCCUGUUGUGGUGAAUGAGAAGAGAGAUGAAAAUGGUAUCUUUUCUGGCUUGCCUGUAGGGGAUAAGGUGGAGGGAGUUCCGAUGAUUUUUGGGCAGGAUUUGAACUCAGGAAGCUCUGGUCGUCCCCAUUUUAGGGAGAAGCUUGCUGUGAGGAAAAUGGAGGAGAGGCCUUGGGCAGGUCAUAUCCAGCCCAAUGGCAAUAAUAUUAGCUUUCCAAGUGCACGGAAUGGUAUUCAUGGCUCGAGUUGGGCUGCUAGUCAAGGUGGGAAACAGGCAACCCCUACUGAGAUCUAUCCUCCGAGAUCCUCAGGUUGCAAUGUGGCGGAAGGAGUUAACCAGUUUAGGCAAGACUUGCGGCUUAGCAACUACCAACCACAAAGGCAGGUGCAAAUGCAAAUUGAUUUCUCUGGAGCCACUUCAAGGCCUUCUGUGAGACCGAUCAAUGCUGAACCAGAGCUAUCUGAUGUUGAAGCUUCAUGCAAAGAAGAGCAGCUGGGCGCAACAGAUGAAAGGAGGCCGAGGAAACGGGGUAGAAAGCCUGCCAAUGGCAGGGAGGAACCCUUAAAUCAUGUGGAAGCAGAGAGGCAAAGGCGUGAGAAGCUGAACCAGCGAUUCUAUGCUCUAAGGUCUGUCGUACCCAACAUAUCCAAGAUGGACAAGGCUUCUUUGCUGGGAGACGCCAUUGCUUAUAUCCAUGAGCUUCAAGCAAAACUCAAGAUCAUGGAAUCUGAGAGAGAGAGAUUUGGAAGCACUUCAAGGGAUGUAUCAGCAUCAGUGGCUGAUCCCAAAGUGGAAAAUCACAACCAAGCUACCGAUGUCGAUAUUCAAGCUACCCAGAAUGAGGUGAUAGUACGGGUGAGCAGCCCUCUCAAUGCUCAUCCUAUUGCAAGGGUUAUCCAAAAGUUCAAAGAUGCACAAAUCAAUGUCGUUGAGUCGAAAUUUGCAACUGCAAAUGACACCGUCUUCCAUUCCUUUGUAAUCAAGUCUCAAGGAUCCGAGCAGCUGACAAAGGAGAAGUUGAUUGCAGCAUUUUCUUGAGAAUGAAUCCUUGUGCUUAUAGCCACUGUCACCAAUUGGAUUGCACAGGGUAGUUGCAAUUAACUGUAGUCCAUAGGCUUCACGAUACAAAGUGAAGAACCAUUUUUGAAGCUUCCUCAGAAAUUUUGUUAUUCGGCAGAGGAUCCCAAAAAGGAAAAGGGCAGUGGAAACCAGAAGGUGUAGUUGUAGAAUAAUGGCUCCUAUUAACCAAUUAGAGCAGAAAAUUUAUGUUUGUUUAUAGUAUACACAUUUCAUCAUACGAAGUGUUCCUGCAUAUUGAAUUAUUUCGUUUAGUUUAACCAAUUCCACCUAGUGUUUCUAGAUCCGCUGUUCUUUCUUGUAUGGUUCCAAGUUUUGUGCUUAAGAGCGAAAGUAUUAUUGAAUUUUCUGCUGCUUAUAGCACUGGAAGGGAUCACAGGUCUUAGCUCUGUGAAGCUGAUAAUAUUAAGUUUCCAUUUUAUUUUGAUGGAGAUGUUCUUUUUCCUUGA